CCGCUGCCGCCGCCCCCCUCCCCUCCGCCCUUCCCCGCGUGGAGCCCGGGUGCCCGCAGCGGCGGCGGCGCCUGGCUCACGAGAGGCCGCGGAGCCGCCCCUGGCCUCCCCCUCCCGCCCGUGCCGCCGCUGCCGCCGCCGCAGCAGGUUCCCUCCCUCCUCCUCCUCCUCCUCCUCCUGCUCCUGCCCCCGGCGGCGGCGGGAUCCGAGCGGUGCCCGGGGAGCGCUGGGCCCGGGCAGGAGGGGAGAGGAGCGGCGGGGCGGCGGCAGGAGCAGCAGCGGCGGCAGCGCCAGCAGCAGAAAUGAUGGAAGAACUGCAUAGCCUGGACCCACGAAGGCAGGAACUACUGGAGGCCAGGUUCACUGGAGUCGGGGUUGCUAAGGUUGGUGCUUCAAAUUCCCUCCCUACCCCCCCAAGUCUCCGUCCGUCAUGCUCCGCACUGGCAUUGGGUCCAUUAAAUAGUGAGUCUUCCAACCAGAGCUUGUGCAGCGUGGGUUCUCUGAGUGAUAAAGAAUUGGAGACUCCUGAGAAAAAGCAGAAUGACCAGCGGAAUAGAAAAAGGAAAGCAGAAGCGUAUGAGACCAGUCAAGGAAAAGGCACUCCUAGAGGACAUAAAAUUAGUGAUUAUUUUGAGUUUGCUGGGGGAAGUGGCCCAGGAACCAGUCCCGGUAGAAGUGUGCCGCCUGUCGCCAGAUCGUCACCGCAGCAUUCCUUAUCCAACCCCUUGCCGCGGCGAGUGGAGCAGCCGCUGUAUGGGGUAGACGGCAGCACAGCAAAGGAACCACAGGAGGAACACUCUGCUCUGCCAACGCUGAUGUCGGUGAUGCUGGCGAAACAGCGGCUAGAGAAUGAGCAGCUGGCACAGAGGGGAGGUGGCCUCUGUUUUACUUUUGUCUCGGCCCAGCAAGGCAGCCCAUCUUCUACUGGAUCAGGGAACACUGAGCAUUCCUGCACUUCCCAAAAACAGAUUUCCAUCCAGCACAAACAGUCACAGUCUGACCUCACAAUGGAAAAAAUAUCUGCACUAGAAAACAGUAAGAACUCUGACUUGGAGAAGAAGGAGGGGAGGAUAGAUGACUUACUAAGAGCCAACUGUGAUUUGAGACGGCAGAUAGAUGAACAGCAAAAGAUGCUGGAGAAGUACAAAGAGCGGUUGAAUAGAUGUGUAACGAUGAGCAAGAAACUUCUUAUAGAAAAGUCAAAACAGGAGAAGAUGGCAUGCAGAGAUAAGAGCAUGCAGGAUCGAUUGAGGCUAGGCCACUUCACUACGGUGCGGCAUGGGGCGUCUUUCACUGAGCAGUGGACAGAUGGCUAUGCCUUCCAGAACCUCAUCAAGCAACAGGAAAGGAUAAAUUCCCAGCGGGAAGAAAUAGAAAGACAACGAAAAAUGUUAGCAAAAAGGAAGCCACCUGCAAUGGGACAGACCCCUCCAGCAAGCAAUGAGCAAAAGCAGCGCAAGAGCAAGACCAACGGAGCAGAAAAUGAAACGUUAACGUUAGCAGAAUACCAUGAACAAGAAGAAAUCUUCAAACUCCGACUAGGUCAUCUUAAAAAGGAAGAAGCAGAGAUCCAGGCAGAGUUGGAACGGCUAGAGAGGGUUAGAAAUCUACAUAUCAGGGAAUUAAAAAGGAUACACAAUGAAGAUAAUUCACAAUUUAAAGACCAUCCAACGCUAAAUGAUAGAUAUUUGUUGCUACAUCUUCUGGGUAGAGGCGGCUUCAGUGAAGUAUAUAAGGCAUUUGAUUUAACAGAACAGAGAUACGUAGCUGUGAAAAUACACCAGUUAAAUAAAAACUGGCGAGAUGAGAAGAAAGAAAACUAUCACAAACACGCGUGUAGAGAGUACAGAAUUCACAAAGAACUGGAUCAUCCUCGAAUAGUUAAGCUAUAUGACUACUUUUCGCUGGAUACUGACUCGUUUUGUACAGUGUUAGAAUACUGUGAGGGAAAUGAUCUGGACUUCUACCUGAAACAGCACAAAUUAAUGUCGGAGAAAGAGGCGCGAUCCAUUAUCAUGCAGAUUGUGAAUGCUUUAAAAUACUUAAACGAAAUCAAACCUCCCAUCAUACACUAUGACCUUAAACCAGGUAACAUUCUUCUAGUCAAUGGUACUGCAUGUGGAGAGAUAAAAAUCACAGAUUUUGGACUUUCCAAAAUCAUGGAUGAUGACAGCUACAACUCUGUUGAUGGCAUGGAACUGACAUCACAGGGGGCUGGUACUUACUGGUAUUUGCCACCAGAAUGUUUUGUGGUUGGGAAAGAACCUCCAAAGAUUUCAAAUAAAGUUGAUGUCUGGUCAGUGGGAGUCAUCUUCUAUCAGUGUCUCUAUGGCAGAAAGCCCUUUGGUCACAACCAGUCACAACAAGACAUUCUGCAGGAGAACACAAUUCUGAAAGCUACCGAGGUGCAGUUCCCUCCAAAGCCAGUAGUCACACCAGAAGCAAAGGCGUUUAUCAGACGUUGUUUGGCCUACCGAAAGGAGGAUCGGAUAGAUGUCCAGCAACUGGCCUGUGACCCGUACUUGCUGCCUCACAUCCGCAAAUCUGUAUCCACAAGCAGCCCAGCUGGAGCUGCGAUUGCAUCAACCUCUGGAUCAUCCAAUAAUAGCUCUUCAAACUGAGACAGAGUAAUAGGCCAAAAACUGCUUGAGAAACCGGCAAAAAGACUUUCAGAAACAGCUUUGGAAUAGAGGAAUCCGCAAGGGUCUCGAGAAACCUGUACCAGGUGCUUUUUUUCUCUUGCUUUUUUCCAUCCAUAGAGCAUGACAUCAACUCUCAUCAAGAAAACCUUCGGCAUCUAGGCCAAGCCAUGUGGAUAGGAGAUGGCUUGAGGUUUAUCCAGUAAAUGACCACAAAAGGGUGGCUGCUCUGAGCAAGGAGGGGAAACUCAAGAAAAUACAAAAAGACAUGGUUCCAUGUACUGUGAACUUCUGAACAUGCAGCCUUGGGGAAUCCAGGACGCCGUGUGUGCUUCAUAUGAAGAAUGUGGACUUUGGAGAAAGACUGGGCUAGUCCAGUGUUGAUAUUUAAACAUUGUUCUUUUUCUUUUAAUAAAGUUUAGGUAACAUCUCCUGAAAAGCUCGAAGCACCAAGGUUCAGCUGGGGAUGGUAUAUGACUCUUUGCCCUUUGGAGGGGAAAAAAGUUGAUCCUGCCUGUUCAUGGCACUAGAGUUAGUGUUUUACCCCUAAUUAAUUUCAAUUUUUUAAAAAUAACAAUUUUUUGGAAGAAAACAGUUUUCUGGUCUCAAAGUGAAACCCGUAUUAGCAGGCUCAUGGCAGUGUCCAUUCUGCGGAUGGUGCAGCUUUCUGCUCCCUUGGGGUGGCCUCAUGAAUACAAUUCACCUUCUCAGGAGGGCGCUGAAGCCCACAGGAGAACAGGCUUGCGUAGAUCUCCUGUGAUCAGAGUGGAUCACAGCUCAGACUGCCACAAGGUUUUCAGCUGCUGCUUCGUAGCUCUCAACGGUUGCACCUUUUUAAUUUAUUUGAAGUGCUGUUCUUUUUGAAAACACACCCUGACAUGUUCACGACGUGCUCUCUGCUCUCGUGAGUGUGAUACCUGUUGACUGUUGAAAAGGCAGGCAGUGAACGGGAAAGAAUCGGAGCACAGCCCAGCUGAUCACAGGUGUGAUCUGUGCUCACGCAGUACUGUACAUACCUUGUUCAUCUUACAAAAAUCCAAAGCUGAAGACUUGUCUGCUCUUCUCGGUUAGGUGACUUGGCAGCAAAGCUUCCUCUCCCUUAACACUUACCUUCUAAAACUUGCUGACUUUCCUAACUUGCUGCCAUCGCUGCAUCCGAUUUCAAGUGAGAGGGGAUGAGAUAAUGUUCUUGAAGGGAGCAAACACCCGAAUUUUUUUUUUUUGUCUCCCUUCUGUAGUCUGGAGGGUCUCACACCCUUCGGCGGGAUCCUGCCUGCUGUGAAACGCAAGCCUCUUGUCCCCGCUCUGCCCCCUGUUCCCCCCACAUUGAAGGAAAACUGAAAACACAUACAAAAAGCACAGCACUUGAACAUGUGGCAGCCGGGUUGGAGUGCUCCUAACAUGUGGCAGGAGUUCAUAGCCAGAAAUAUUUAAAGAUGCAGUGUUCAAAAGCAAGGCUUGUGUCGGUAGGGAGCCGAGCGGUACACUGUAUUCAGGGUGUU